CCCGAUGAUCGACGUGUGGGUAGUGUCAGGGGGGAGGGCCACCCUGCCUUGUCUGCCGAAACCGAAAUUGGAAGGUGACCAGCCUCUUCUGGUCCUGUGGUAUCGCCCAUUCAGCAGCUCCCUGCCCAUUUACAGUUACGACGCUCGUGUGGGAGACUUCUCCAGCGGCGUCAGGUGGUGGGACGAAGUGGCCCUGGGCAAGCGGGCCUAUUUCGUGCCCUCCACCACGCCCUCGCUGGUGCUCGAACCCACCCAUGCCCACGAUCAGGACGUCUACACGUGCAGGAUCGAUUACCGCGUUUCGACGUCCACGACAACCAGGGUCAAUCUCACGGUCGUCGUGCCCCCUGGCCCCCCUGUGGUGAUGUGGGAAGGCCGAGAGAUGGUGGGGACAGUAGGACCCCUGCAGGAGAACCAACUGACGGAGCUGACCUGCAGGAGCGUGGGAGGGAGUCCUGCGCCCUCUCUCACCUGGUGGAAUGAAGGAAGGGAGCUCCCCCUCCUGCACUCUCAUUCCUCUUGGGAUCCUGUGACAGGAUCGAGUGUAGUCGAAGCCUCGCUGUCAGUCACAGCCAAAAGGGAACUCCAGGGUGGAUCUUUAACUUGCUACGCCCACACGCCCGCACACCUCAACGCCUCGGAGGGUGCCAUAAUUCCCCCACGGAGUGCCUCUGUGUCACUCAAUAUCACACUCUCGCCAGUCGAAGUCAGGAUACUGGAACCAGAUCCUUUCGUAGCAAUGUCGGGGUCUACGGUAAGCGUCGUGUGUCGCGCAUUAGGAUCUCAUCCUCCGGCGGACCUCUCUUGGUGGAAGGAUGGAAAGUCCUUGGAACCCCACGUCACUCACGCCAUACAAGACGGCGGCAACAUCACGACAGCCACUUUGACCGUCGCUGUGACGGGAGCAGACGACGGGACGACUGUCACCUGCACAGGUGUGAAUCCCGCCCUCUCCAAAGAGGAGGAGCCUCUGUCAGACAGGAGAAAGCUCACUGUCUUCUACGAGCCCAUCGUGGAGCUCACCCUCGGGAGACCUCUGGAGGCCGACAACAUCAAGGAGGAGGACGACGUCUACUUCGAGUGUCACGUCAAAUCGAACCCCAAGUCUCACCGCAUCGAGUGGUACCAUAAUGGUGAGGAAAUCGGGCAGAGGGUGAGGGCGGGAGUCGUCCUCAGCAGACAGUCGCUCGUCCUCAGGGGCGUCGUGAGGAGCCACUCGGGAUCUUACACCUGCGUCGCCACCAACGCCCACGGCCGUUCCGUCAGCAACACCUUUUUGCUGACAGUCCAACAUGCCCCCAUAUGUGCAGGGUCAGCAGGUCGAGAGAGGACCCUAGGGGCAGCUCGAGGGACAGUGGUGAAGGCCAGGUGCACAGUGGAGGCCGAGCCUUCUUCCAACUUGGUCUGGUCCUGGGUGCGGAAGAGGACUGACGGCAGCGAGGAGAUCCUGUCCUCGGACAAGUACAUCAUCGAAGGACUGACGUCGACCCUGACGGUCAUGCCUGAGAGGAGGGAAGACUAUGGUCGACUGCUCUGCAGGGCAACGAAUAACGUCGGCCAUCAGAAGGAGCCAUGUACUGUCAACCUAGUCCCAGCCGGCCCACCUGAUAUGCCCACCAAUUGCUCGGCCACACAUGUCAACCCUGAUGCUCUUAAACCAGCCAUUGCUGUGGCCUGCUUGGAGGGAUUUGAUGGAGGGCUGCCUCAGAAUUUCCUGCUGGAAGUGUGGCAAGAUGGUCUGGUCCUUGCAAAUAUUAGUAGUGAGUAUCCUGAGUGGGUGGUCAGUGGCAUGGAGUCCGGGAAAGGGGUCAUUCUGAACAUCGUGGGUCAUAACAUUCGAGGCCGAAGUGACCCUGUCACCAUGAAGGUUCAGACUAGCAGUGCCCAACAUACAGCAGCUCCAGUACAAGAAUCAGCCAUAGAGGUUUCUCCAGGCAUCGGUGCUGCCUUGGGAGUUGUGGGGGCGAUUCUGGUGCUGCUUUUGUCUGUGAUAGUCAUCAUUAGAAGGUCCUACACUUGUCCCAGGAAACCAGUUGGUGGGAAGACACCGGCUUCCUCCUCCCCUACUGAAGGAUUAGACCUUGAUGUUGUACAGUCUAUAAAACACUUGGACGUUGUCUCGUGUGUCCAGGAGGAACACCCUAAAGAGGAACUACUAGAUCCAAUGUUUGUUUACUCCACGCACAUCUACCCUCCUGGUGACAGAGAGGGGACAGAUGAAAAUCAUGCAUCUACCGAUGAAGAUAUUGGAAAUGUAGUUCUUCUGACUGGCAAGGUACAAAGACAUUUGUCAAAGUCACCUCGGCAACGUCGACUGUAUGACACAAAUAGACAAAGGAUGAACCUAUCCCAUGAUCAAAGUGAAGACUCAGAGUGUCUGAAUCAGAAUCUGACAAUGAAAUGGAAAUGGCUGGAGCAGAGGAGAGGCCAUCUUUAUCCUGUUCCAUAGGUGAAUCAGAUCUACCUUGCAUUGCCUUGCCUAUAGACAGAGUUGUGAGAUCACCAGAAAAGGCGUCAUCUCUGGAAGACUCAGGAUACAAGCAUUCUUCCUCCUUCAUAGAUACGACCACGACUUGCUUGUCUAUGAAACUCUUAUAUGAGACUCCUGAAGAUGGUCAUCGUAAUUCAAGGAUAUCACCAUGAAGGCGUUCCCUUAACCAUUCCUUUGAGGGAGAUGCCAGAGGACCUUUCUUCCCAAGAAACACACUUUCAAUUAAGCAAGAGAGGGCCACCUGCUCAGGGAGAAAUUCCAUCCCCAGUUGAGGUAAUCUGCCUCGCUGUUUCGCCAACAAAGGUCAGUCCAGUCACUAACAAAGGCCAGAUGCCUCCAAAAACGAAGAGUGUGCAUCCCUUACCACAGGGUGAAACAAUACUGAAGUCAGAGCAUCCAAAAAGAGAUCCAUCAAGAAUUCUUAGCUUAAACAGGAUUGAAACCGGAAUGCCAGUCACUUUGUGCAAGGCAGACAAUGGAGAACUUCUUUUACUGCCUAGAAAACCUGACUACGAAGGAACUGGGAUACAGUUGAUUACAACUCCAGUUUACACAAUAACAACUCUACCAAAAGCUUUAGGAAAGAGAGAGAAAGCCAGGCCAAAAGAAAAGGACCCUAGCCAGAAGUUGCCUACAGCCAUAUCCACUAAUAAAAGUCUUGGUGCAAAACAAGUUAGUCGUAGGGAUUAUACUCCUUCUGCACAUCCUGAUGUCUGCCGGAGAGAAAGCUCAGUGUAGCAUAAGUCUUCAACUUCAAGCGAACACUUUCUAGGUUGAAACCCACAGUAAAACUAUUUAUUCUCAUUUGUCAACAGUAUGUCUCAUAAACUCUCAGAUAUCGUUAUAUGUAAGUGAUAAAGACCCAGAAAGUUUGCAAAAUAAGAUUAGGAAUCCAUUUAAACUUGAUUUGUGGGCUUCUGUGCCACAAUCUCAUGCUGAGAAACUGGCAGAGACAGUGUGAACAUUCACCAAGGAUGUUACAAAGGCUGGCUAUACAUCGUCCUGAAUCUCAUUGUCAAUCUACUUUUUUUUAUAUAAGUCUCUUUAUUAGACAUAUCUGAACGAGAUACACUUGACCAGAUCUCUCGUACGACGACCUCGGGACAUUCGAGAGGCUCAUACUUGAAGUCUAAGUUCUUAUGUGUAAUAAUAUCUGCAUGUUACAACCUCCCAGGUUGCAGUACAGGUUCUUUUUAGGUCUUUAUAUUCUUAAGGAUUGCAGUCAGUAAAUGUACCUCAGUGACAAGGAAGGACGGAAACAGAAACUCAAGAAAACUUAACAAUAUUUAUUAUAAACUAGAACAAUGACUUAAAUCAACCUUGUGAGAUUAAAUACACUUAAUUGUAUAGAAUAUUAAAGAGAACAAAUACCUGGUUCUCGGGAACUCACAAGAAAACCUAAAGCUAAUACACUAAGCCCUAAACAAGAGAAAACCCCAAGAGAGAAAACACUUGAUAAUAACAAGGUGGAUCCAAAUAAGGCUAGCCAAAAUAAUCAAUAACCUAAUAAUAAUAAGGUAGAAGGAAGUAAGAGAUGAUAACAAGGAAAACCUUAAUAUUCCUACCUACAACACAAAGCUAAACAAUGUGGAACUCUGUCCACUAAAUACUAACACACAAACAAAUAUGACAACAUAUACAUGUAAACUUAUACAUAUAUAUAUUUGUAAAUAAGAUUAACAAAAUAAACAAUUUCACCUCAAGUGAAGUACCAGAAGAGGAGUUUAAUUCAGGGCCGUAAUCAGUCCAUCAAACUGCUAACGGAAGGGCAAAUACUGUACGCCAGGUACUGAAGGGCAACACAUUUCCCGAUACAAGAGGAACGAUAAUACGUCUUACCUGGCGACAGACUCCCUACUAGCCACCUCACGAGUCAAUAGCUCUCACUCCCGUAUAACAGCUGUACGAGGAUGACACGGCAGGUAAAUCCAGAAUCCAGUGCCGGUAUACAGCGACGACACUGGUCCCGUAAAAAUCCUCCGACGGGAAAAACGGGGCAGAAACAGCGGUCGCAGAUGACAGCCUCUGCGAAACUCCCCACUGCAGCGUGAAGGUCGCAGGUGACAACAACACCUGCGCGGAAAAUGCCGUGAUCCAACUUCCAGGGACACACACGCACAAGAGACGUAUAUCUGCGUCUUCCCGAAUCCGUGAGGGAAAUAUCCAAGUGCGUGGUCCAAAAGGUAAGUAUCCAAAGUCGUCCUCCAAAUCAAAAUAUAUGCUGCGACAGGAAACAGUAUUGGUGAGAGCUUGUCAAGACCCGAACUCCCGUUGACCGGUCGACCAUGUCCACUCAUCAC